UUUCACCCAUCUCUUUGCUUUCGUCUAAAAGCUGUCUUUCUCAUUUGGUUUGUCUUUGGCAGGAGACACUGGCCGGUCUUUAGGAAAUCUCCCCUCAUUAUUGGUAGAGGUGGCACAUUCCACGAAAUCGCAGCUGAGACGGAGCGUUUUCAAGCAUGAACCGGGCAUUUAACAGAAAAAAAGAUAAAUCAUGGAUGCACACUCCAGAAGCACUGGCCAAGCAUUUUAUACCAUACAAUGCCAAGUUUCUAGGAAAUACAGAAGUUGAUCAACCUAAAGGUACAGAGGUGGUGAAAGAUGCCGUCAGAAAGCUCAAGUUUCAGAGACAUAUUAAGAAGUCAGAGGGACAGAAGCUUCCAAAAGUGGAAUUACAGAUCUCCAUCUACGGAGUAAAAAUAUUAGAUCCUAAAUCAAAAGAAGUGCAGUACAACUGUCAGCUCCACCGGAUAUCCUUCUGUGCAGAUGAUAAGACAGACAAAAGGAUAUUCACAUUCAUUUGUAAAGAUUCAGAGUCCAACAAACAUCUCUGCUAUGUGUUUGACAGUGAAAAAUGUGCAGAAGAGAUCACUUUGACCAUCGGUCAAGCAUUUGACUUGGCAUACAAGAAGUUUCUGGAGUCCGGGGGAAAAGACGUAGAGACGAGGAAACAGAUAGGUGGUCUACAGAAAAGAAUUCAAGAUCUUGAAACUGAAAAUGUAGAGUUGAAGAAGCAGUUACAAGUGUUAGAGGAGCAGCUGAUGAUUGCUCAAGUUCCUCCUGGAAACAGCAUGUCUUCAAAAAGCCCCACAGACAUAUUUGACAUGGUUCCGUUUUCUCCAAUGACUCCAUUGGUUCCGUUACCAGCAAGUAAUGGCUCGGCCCCUCCACCCCCGGCAAGACCUACAGAGAUUAGGAGAGACCUGUUCGGUGCAGAGCCAUUUGACCCUUUCACCUGCGGGGCGGCUGACUUUCCUCCAGACAUCCAGUCUAAGCUGGAUGAGAUGCAGGAGGGGUUCAAAAUGGGACUAACAGUAGAGGGCACUGUCUUCUCCCUGGAUCCACUAGAAGGUCGCUGCUGAUGCCAAGAAGAAAGUUUUGUCACUUUCAUGUUAAACCAUUUGUAUUAAAGUGCCAAACUCGGGUUUACAGUCAAGAUGUCUUAUCUCAUGUUUUUUUAUGUAUUUGCAUUUUGAAUUUGGUUUACAAAAAAUAUAUUGGGAAAUCCGAAGCAGUAGAUGACUAUUUUUGUAAGAACUAAAACAUAAAACUGAACGAGUAAUGUACCUGUAGUUUUAACUGCCCUUGCUUGUACAGACGAUGAAGGAUGUAGAAAGUAUGUCCAGUUGCACAGUCUGUGUUUGUUUUCAUAACAGUUAUUAAUCUCAGAUUCUUUAAGCUUGUGUUACACAUUACAAACUCUUUGGCAUAUCGCAGUUAAUAAAACUCAGAAAAGGGAGAGUUUCCUGUACAUUGUUUUAUAACUUCAUUUUUAACACUUAUCGUACGUCAUAAUCACACUCCUUUUGUAUUAGAUCACUUGUAAAAUGAUAAUAUUGUUUUUAUUUGUAGCAAUGGAUCCAUUUAAAACAGUAUUUUUUAACUAAAAGCGGUGUCAUGAAUGGCAGAACUGGACGAUUUCCACAAUAACACGUACUUGUAAUGCAGUUUGAUUUUAUAUUAUAUAUUUUAGUAUACUCUUGCACAAGGAAGCACUUUGGAAGAGCUCUGUUCAUGUAUUAUUGUUAAUUCUGUUUGUAAGCAUUAUUUUAGCCUUUGCUGUUGUAGUCAUUAAAAGAAAACAGUAUA